UUUUUAAUUAUUAAUUAAUUCAUUAACUAAUUAACGAAAUUGUUAUAUCGUAGACACCAAAAAGAAGCCAAACAACUUUCAGACCAUUGCCACCUGGCGAAGAUGUUACAACAUUUAUGGUUCAAGGCCAUUGUCAUUUGUUGUUGUAUUGCCGGUACUCUGGACUUGCGUUUGGACCUGAAGCAACGCAUGGUAAAACCUUUACGUCUCUGGUUGAAAGUAAUUGUAUAUGGCCCCGCUUAUUUCGGCGUUUGCAUCGUACCAUGGUCUCUUUGGAACAGCUUGGAAAUAUCAGAUUCACAUCUAACCAACCCCGUCGUUCGAAGUGCCAACAUCGUUACGAUUCUCGUGAGAAUUGCCCUGUUCUUCACAUUUGUCCGGGGUAUCUACAAACGUAAUCGGAAAUUAGAAAAAUGGCUGCGUCGGGCAUUGGCAAUGCAAAAGGCCUACUUUGAUGGACUGCCUGAGCGUGAGACAACUGGUCGCAGCAUUUCGCAUCGCAAGUGGUUAUAUCUCACCAGUCUCAUAACCUGCCUGCACUAUGCCAUGGAAACAUGUUCCGAAUUAGAUUCCAACGAAGCUAGAAGCCUUCUCUACUUUAUGGUAACCAUACAACAUUUUUUCAUGUUAACGCAUGGAGCCCUGGUGUGUUUUUUACGGGAAUGCUUUUCCGUCGUGUAUCACGAAUUGAGAAUGGAGAUCUGUCGUUUCCCGGCAAGCAGAGUCUACAGCCUAUUGCACGGCCUUCACAGGGACCUAAACGAAAUGCAUGGCCCAAUAAUGUUGUGUGUCCUGCUAUCACUAUUGCUCUCCAACUCCAUGGUGGGCUAUAUUGGUCUACUGCAACUGCUGAUGCCGAACUUUAAUGGAGCCCAUUUUGAUUAUUUAUUUGGCAAUGCCUUGUAUGGUCUAUUGCUGAUCCAUUGGUAUAUUUACUUCAUGCUGUGCCAACGUAUGGAAACGACCAUCAAGCAAAUCGAUAUGACACUCUAUGAAUAUGAGGACCAUGAGGACACUAAAAAAGAGAUAGAACUGCUUGUUUUCAAUCGCAGUCUAAACGAAUCUUCGGUUUGUUUUUGUCAACUAAUCCGGGUCAAUUGGAACUCGCUUUUUUGUAUUCUGGCUCAAACGGUUUCGUACAUUAUUACCCUUAUACAAUUGGAUUAUGUAAAUUUGAUAUGAGUCACAUGCAAAAACCUUCUCGGAAUGUUGUCUUCG